CACCGUCGACGCUGUGUACGGUUCUCCGUGCCCCUACCCGAGAACCCUUCGCUUCUCUCCUCCUAGCUCUCAUAGGCCGAGCACCCAGAUGUGACUCGCGCCGUCUUGCUACUAUGGCACUUCGAUACUCCCCGGAGCUUCUCCUCCAUCUUCGUCAAUCACCGCUAUGUAUUAAGCCAAGCAAUUUACCUCCUGUUGAGGAGUGGAUGGGACCGCCUCCCGAACCCGUACGCACCCCUAACAAGGCCACCUCCGACAGAAGGCACAAUGACAGUCUUUCCGGCGACCAGUCGAACCGUCGUCCCGGCCUAGACCGCUUUAUGUCCCGUAACGGCGCCAACCCGGAUGAUAUCAUUCUAGGGCCUCCCCGAACAGCCUUCGCUUCCACCGGUGCCGGCGGUCGCAACAAAUCCUUCGACUACGACAAGGAAUCAAAGGACUUUGACUCGCGCGAUCGCUUCAACUUUCGUAGCCGCAACGGCGAUGCCGAAGGCAGUGACCGAACCCGCGACCCGAGAAACCACAAUUUCCGACGUCGGGGUGAUGCUGACCAGGACGGUGAAGGCUGGAGCACUGUUAAGCCGCGCAAGAGCUUCGGUACUGAAGGUGCCGAGCGUUUCCAGGGCCGCAUGGGUGCCGUCAACGACAGGUUCAACAACGAUCGCAAGUUGCGCGACAAGGUCGACCAUGACGCCACUAGUGCCAGGCCUCGGCGCGCCGUCGACAACUAUGGCAAGGAUGGCGAUGACGGAGAAACUCGCCCACGCAACGGUCUCAACCGGGGUCGGUCGGAACCUUGGUUCAAGAGCGAGGGCGACAAACCCGACAAACUCGACAAACCCGAAAGGCCCGCCAUGACCAACCGUGAGCGGAUUGACCGCGCCAAGAGCUGGCGCGACCGGGACAAGGACGCCGAUACUUUCGAAGACCGCGAUCGUGACCGUGACCGUGACCGUGUUGACCGUGAUCAGAACCGGCAUAUGGGCCGCAAUUAUGAGCGCCGAUGGGAUCGUGACCAUCGGAACGAGCGUGACCCCGAAUGGUUCGACGAACCCGCCGGAGAGAAAGCCGGUGGCCAUACCGAGGAGGACUUCAGAAAGUUCAUGGAGAGUAUGAAAGGCGGCAAGACCAAGCCCCCCGCCGCCGCCGAAGGAAAGCCCGCCGCGUCCGAGGCCGUCACUCCUCCCAAGCCCGAGCAGCUCGCCCCUGCCUCUGCUCCAGCCGUCGAAUCUGGGCCCGACAAGUUCUUCAUGGCAUUUGCCUCCAACUCCGUCUUGGAUGCCGCCACCCCGGCCGCGGAAACCCCCAAGGACGCCACCCCGAAGCCCGCCAGGUCCGGCGCCGGGAAAUCCUCCCGCUUUACUUCCUUCUUCAGCGCUCCUCAGGAGGACCCCAGCCGACGUGCCCAGCCGGAGCCCGCCCACAAUCCCGCUCCUGCCUCAGCUGCGACUACAGCAUCGCCGCCGAUUGCUAAGGCCCCGGAUGCCGAAAAGGAAGCCUUCCAGGUGUUGCUUCAGAAGCUUCAAUUAUCCCACCCGCAGGCAAGAUCGUCGCCGCCUGCCGUCCAGGCCUUCCAGGAACCGCAAUCUCUGCCCAGGAUUCCUCCUGGUCAGGAAGCAACGCCAGCCAGCGCAGUCAGGUCGCCCGGUGCCUUCCCACAAUUCCCGCCUCCUCCUGAGCAGCACCCCGACGAUCUACGUUCCCGACAGCCGCAAACGCAACCCGGCCAGGACAUCGUAGCCCCGCGCCCCAUGAUGCCUUCGGAACCGCCCUCGUCACGCCAGGACCAGCUCUUGCAGGACUUGGUCAAUCAGCGCCAGCACUCGUCCAGCCAAGGCUCGUCAAGGACCGAGAUGAAGCCUAACAGGAACCUCAGUAACGCCGAGUUCUUGAUGAACCUGAUGAGAGCCCAGCCGGAACCCAUGCGUACCGAGCAGAUGCUGUUGCGCAUGCAUCAACAGCAGCAGCAGCAGCAGCAACAGCCCCAGCGAGCUGGUUCCAUGUCGCAAAUUCCCGAUCGCGAACCCGACUUCCCUUCAAAUGGCCGCAUUUCUCAGCCGCGCCAGAUGCGAGGUCAGCCGCCCCCUCCUGGCUUCAUGGACGAACCCUUCCAUCAUCUCCCGGAACACGAACCUCGCCCGCAGCCCACCCAGAUCCUGCAGCGCCCACCUCCCCCUCCCGGCCUGGACCCGAUGAAUCCUAACUGGAUGCAACCUGGAGGCGGCGGCCCACUGCCUCCUCCCCAGCAACGCUCCAUGGGCCCGCCGCCUGGCUUGGCCGGAGGCCCCGGUGGUCCCGGUGGUCCCGGAGGCCUUGGCGUCCCGAGUCGCAACCAUCCUAUACCCGGAAUGUUCCCACCUGGACCGAACUUCCCGCCUGCCGGGUUCCCGCCCCCGGACACGAUGGGUGUCCCUCCACCGCCGCGUGGCAUGCAACCGCCUCCCGGCUUCUUUGGGGGCCUGCCACCGCCUGGCUUUAUGGGCCCUCCCGGUAUAGGUGGUGGGCCGGCCUUUGGAGGCCCCAUACCCGAGGCCCACGGCUUUCCAUUUGACGGCCGCGGCAUGCCGCCCCCUGGCGCUGCCCAAGCCUUCCGGAGACAGUAAGCUACCUACUUCUUUGACCCGAAGGUAGCUGAACGGGCUGGUUCCCCACCGCCAGCCACAUGCAGUCAGCAGCAUUUUCGCGCCUACUGCCCACAUGAACCUGUCUUUAUCAACCUUAACAUUUUCCUGCUCGGGUGUCUUGUCGCUUGUCCUUACUCAAACU